CUCACAGAAACAUAUUGAACUCAUGUCUAAUCCAUCAUUUCAUCAGUGGGUAUCUCUACUUCAUUAUAUGCCAGACACACUGAGACAUAUACAUAUAGCUUACAGGGAUGGAAGUGAUGCGUCUAGGGCUUAUACAUUAAUGAAGUUAAUUGAGAAGAGCAAACAGUGCAUUGGUGACAGGGAAGGUAGAGGAAGAAGAUGGGGGAGGGAGUGGAGGACAGACACUGGCGCCCCGCCAACGUUGACGAAAGCUGCUUAGCCCACCCAGUUGCCAUGGAUACAGUAAGGAGCAGCUCACAGCAUGUGUGUGUGUGUGCGUCUGUGUGAGAGAGAGAGAGAGACCGAGAGAGAGAAAAAGAGAGGGAGGGAGGGGAGGGAGGAUGAGAAAGAAAACCAGCAGGCAGGCGUUAGAGCAAGUCAGAGUGGGAUUGAAAGAGCACCAGACAGCAGGGUGUAGAGAGAGAGAGAGAGGGUGGUGAGUGUAUGUGUGGCCAGAGAGAGAGAGAGGACAGAAAGGCAGCCAGAGAGCCUGAGAGAGACGAUAGAGUGGGAGCGAUAGUGUUAGAUAAUGGAGGUGCAGUCGGAGUGUGUGGAGCCUCCUGUGGCCCCUCAGUGUGAUCCCCAGCCCACAGGGAAGAUCAACAAAGCUGCCUUCAAACUCUUCGGAAAGCGGCGCACAGGCUCUGGAAUGACCAGCUUCUUCUCCUUCAGGAACAAAGGGGCUACAAACAGCGGAAACAACGGGAAUUCUGACAAUGGGAAUUCUUUGAAUGGAAACAGCUCCGUGGCAUCGGUGGAACUUGUUAGGAGCAAAACCCAUGAUGGACUAACGGGCUCCAACAACGAUGCUGAUGGACAGAGAGGGGAGGGGCCUGCUAUCCUGGAGGCGGGACCGGUGAGGUCUCUCAGUAAAUCGUUGAGUUUCUUCUCUCUACUCCGACGUGGGAGUUUUAGAUCAAGUGAAAAUGGAGGGGCGGGUCUUGUCAGAAGAGGGAGGGGCCUAAAGGGCUUUUUUAGCAGCAUGCGAUGGAGACGCAAGGAAAAAACAAACGAGUUGGAGGGGGAAGAGGUGGAAGGAAAGCAGGAGAAGGAUGGAGAUGCGGCCGACUCUGAAAAGGUAAAGGAUAUUACGCUCACCCUUGAACCGCCUCCGCAUCAACACCAAGAGGAUUGUGGGAAUGCAGAGACAGAACCUAACCUAGAGACUCCCACUACUAGUGUUACCAUGACACCCCUACACUGUGUUGCCAUGCCAGGGCCAUCUGGUGAGCCAGACUCCUCCUUUCCUUACACACCCACUGAUUCGCCACUGCGUCCUUCCAUCCAAAAAGCCAAAGCUUCAAUUUCCAGCCUCACCCCCUCCCUCGCUACACCCCCUUUGGAUCGCUGCAGCACGGGCGACCCACCCUCAGAGCCUUCGGUGGACCGCCUCUGUUCUCUGCUCUUCACUGACGUCACAUCUCUCAAGAGCUUCGAUUCACUGACAGGCUGCGGUGACAUUAUUGCUGAUGCAGACGAGGAGGGGCCAGCGGGUAAUGGGGGCAGUGGCACCAGCAGCAGCAGCAGUGGGGGAGGAGGGGGGAGUGUGGGAGUGGGUACUGGAAGAACUGUUGGUAUCACCAAUGCCAUGUCUCGUGGCUCCCCAUCCAAGACCCCUAUAUCUACCCAGCUGACCCAACCCAUGUUUUCCGUUUCCCCAAGCUCAGUGCCUUCCUCUCUACCAGCCCGGGCCCGGGCACCGCCUCCGCCACAGCAGCCCCCAGCUGGUAGUGGUGUGGUGGCUUACAUGGGUGGUGGGGAAGAAAUGGCAAGUCCAGAAGGAGUGGACGAUGCAGACAUGCAGGGGCUCUGGCACAUGCUGCCUUCCACAGGUGACAACUCCCCUGCUUUGCCCCGAUCACAUCAACCUCCCUCCUCCACCUCUACUUCCACUAAUCCACCUCGUGCCACCUCCAGUCUUGCCAGCAAACACCUGCCCUCAGCCCCAAGGAGUGCAGACCGAAAGUUACCCCAUGUGAAGACACUGGGGCUUAGUAAGAUUCCAGUCGUUGGUGGAACAGGAAGCAGGGCAGCUAAACCCCCCCUUCCUCACACACAUGGCCGUCAUCCCACAUCACCUGGUGAAAAAGAGCCACUUAGUGAUGAGGGCUACUGGGAUACGCCCUCAGCAACACCCACAGCAACUCCUGAUGAGAGUGGGCUGCAGCGUAACCAGAAUAUGACCCUAUCACGUGAUAGUUGCUCUGGAGACCACCUGUAUGACCUCUACAAUGACCCUGAAGAGGAAGGAGAGGACCAAAAGGAAGAUGAAGAUCUAAAUAGUACUCCCUCACCAUCCACUGAAUACAAACUGAGCCCCACCUCCCAAACAACUCCUCCUUCCUCCUCCUCUUCUUCCUCCUUCCGAUCAAUGAAAGGCAGCACCAGCCUUCCUCGGGAGUCUAAGAUCCCAGUUAGCAGCAGACAAGCUUCACCUCCCCAUUCCGCAAGCCAGUCAGCCCUUUCCUCUGUUCUAGAGGCCGAUUCCCCUCCGCCAAAGACCCAUGCACCUCCCCCAGUUCGCACCAGAAUCCCCGUAUCCAAGGUGCCCGUCCGUCGUUCUGGAAACAAACCUGGCAGCACAGCCAGAGGAACUACCCACAAGAAGUAGUUUCUGUCAAAGGGGUGGUUCUCUCCUACUAACUUAUGAACUUGAGUGUACAUCACUUCAGUGCUGUUUGUGCAGAGCCAAAAGUUUUCCCAGACCAAGAAAAAUGUUGAGCUGUAGAGUUAACAGCUUAUAAAUUCCUCUCAAAUCUUAAAAGCUCUCAUUCCUGAAGUGUUUUGGCUUACGACAGGCUAGAAUAGAAUAAGUGGUUUUGUUCACUUGGGAAAGUCACGAGGAGACUCCAAAAAGCUGAGUUAACACUUCACAGCUCUUACUGGAACUUUGGAGGUUGACUCUUGACAAUCCAUGGACUCGCAGUUGACACACUUGCCUUGUACCUUUCCUGGAAAAGCUCCUGACCUGCUGAAAGUUUGACAGCUCAUGAUUGCACACUGCAAAAAAAAAAAAAAGAAGAAAUGAAAACGCAGAGCACCUUUUUAUCUUUUACAUUUUUCUUAUGGGAUUUCACAUUGCAUAACAUGAUUUGCUCAUAAGGACCUAAUCCAAUCAAAAAAUGUUUUUUCUGAGUUUAUCAUCUUGUCUUAUCUGUAACAAAUUACCUCCUAAUCUUUUGAUCUUAGAGCCAAAGUUAAAAAAAAAAAAGUCUUCAUUGCAGCCUCUAAUAAUUUUGAACAGAUUCAACAAUCUCCAUAACCUGGAAUAACCCACCAUUUUUUGUUCGGCUUUUGUUCGGGAUGUUUUUUGCUUCUUGAAGAUGGUCUUCUUCUGACCGCACACUGAUUAUUAAACUGUAUAUGCAAAUAUACAGAUGAAUACUGAAAUCUGAACUGGUUUUAUUACUUUUUCUACUUUGCAGCUACAAAUGUGACAAAGCUGCUUUGUAGGAGGCCACGCAAUAUCUUGUGUUUUUGAAGGAGUUGACCUCAACCUUUUUUUCUUUUUUUUUUUUAUUGUGAAUGGACUUCAAGUUUGGCUCCAGCCUGUUGCAUUUGGAUCUCACUUAUACCCCACUGCUUCACUCGAAGUACAUCCAUAGGAUGUCAAUCUCUGGGAUUUACAACUGUUGAAUUACCAAUGGAAACGUACAAAACUAUCGCAAUACUCAACCUGGAGGGAUCCCUUGCACUGAUUCUACAAUGCACACAAAUUCACAUACAUACAAAACACAAACAUUUUCUUUCCCUCUCUGCAUGCAGUGCCACACAUUCAAGGCGCAAAGGUCAGGGAACAUCAUCUAAUACUGAUUGAUCUUAGUUACACACUGUUCAACCUUUGGCACUGUCUUUGUAGCUACACUGGAUGACUUUCUUCUUUGAGGACACAUGCACACACCACCAAUUUUUUGUAGUUAAUACUUUCUUCUUCACUGGAUUUCAUACUGUUUUUAUAGCAAGUCUCAUACAGAUCUUAAACUGUGAUCGCACCAGCUUCUUAAUAUUCUGCUUUCUGUUCUUUCUCUUCUUCUCUACUAACGUACUGGAUAGGAUGAUGAUGAUGAUCCCUGCUGUCAGCCAGUUUAGAGCCAGAAUAUGCCUGCAAGUGUUUUUGAAAUAGGCUGUGACCCAAAAAAAAGAAUUCUGUCAGGGUUUCAGAUAAAGAUGUUUGAGUCAUAUAAUUACCCGGAUCACAGCGUAGGAUAAAAAACUAAAUUUAGGGACUAAUGCUAAGUCAGUCCUUCGCCCUUCUUCUUCAGUCUGUUGUACUAAUAAACAUUGUACAACUUCAUUCUUGGAACCACCGCAGCUGUGUUUGAAUCUGAAUGUAGCUUGACAUCAUUGUAGAUCAUUGGUCAACAAAUAUUUUCUUCUGUUGAUCUGUUUAGUUCUUUGUCCCUCUUUUGUAGGAGUGUGAGUUUACUGUUUUCUAAGACCCCCAUGCUCUGAAAAAUGAAGACAAACUACUGCACAGUGUUGCAGCCUUGCAAAGCACCACUUGUUUUAAGAAUGAGGGGGUGUACUGCAGUCUUAAAAGGCCUUUGUCAGUGAUUCAGUGAGACAAGUUACAGGAAGCAGAGUGUUCCCUACUCUUCAGAUAAAGAGAGCGGUUUUCAUAGGAAAAGACAAUGGAGAUGAUGCAAGUUUUCUCUAGUCCUAACCACAAGGGUACCAAUGACACUUGAGGGUCAUUCUAGUUCAUAAUAGCUUUCCAUCUCAAUUACAAUGCGUUGAUUGAUCCACAACACUGCUCCAGGUUCAGAUGUCUUUUCAGCCUCCUCAUGGUGUAGUGUAGGACAAGGCAUGAGGUAACCUUAUCCAAGGUCUGCAGUCAGUCUGAUUGUCACCCAAUGAAAAGAGUAGGCUAAAGGCCGUUUGGGGAGCAGAGAAUGUUCAUGUUCUUUUAUGUUUCUCUGUCUACAAUGUGCUCUUUUAAUUUAUUAUGAAAUCACAUUUAUUGAUCUUUCUUGGACAAAAGAAUGAUUAGAUGGAAAGGGGCUGUUACAUAAGGUAGCUUGAAAGGGGCAACAAUCUAAACGUUAUAAAAGUUAUUCUGGCAAAUGCUAUAAAAAAAGGCGAAUGCUUUCUUCAAACAGCAGUGGUGAUGCCUGGGGAUUGUUGACCCUAAUAGUUGCAAUAAGAGUCCAAAAAUGAUUUACUCCAUGAAUGGGAAAACCACAACGUUAAGAAUUAGAGAGGGUAAGGAAUUAUGAACUGGACAAGGACUCAUCUUUAUGCAUCUAAUGUUUUUUUUUUUAAUAUGGCAUCCUCCUUGGCUGAUAUCCCACCUGUCACAGUAUGUGUGUAUAGAAGCUGUUUCUCCAUUUCUUCCUAUGACAAGUGAACAUGGAAGUUAUAGUACCUUGAUCUGUCACACUUGCAUAUAGACAGCAAUUACAUCAACAACAGAGGCCACCAUAUUGCCACCUGGUUCAGUUCUUUGUAUUUCCUUCAGCUCAUUGUCUGAUACUUCUCUCUUUUCUUUCUGAUUACAAAGUUUGGCCUUUAUGUGAUCAUUCGCUGCGAUGAAAAGCACAUUUGAUUUUUCUUCUUUUUGUUACCGUCUGUCUGUUCACAGUGUGGAGUCCUUCCAUUUUUUCAUAUUUAAUAAAUAAAACUGUGUUUGCGCUGA